AGCGGCACACCAGCUGCUGUCUGACGAAUCCGGAGCGCUUUCAUCAUCAGUGUCCGGGGUUGGUCCUCCUCCAUCCCGAGUCCAAGCGAGCAGCAGCAGAGGCACAAACAUGUCUGUCUAGAGCUCCAGGAGCAUGUGUCAUGUCGGGUUAAUCAUGUGUAACGUCCUGGGAUGAUAUGGGCUCGGCGGAAGACGUGACAGUUGUCCGCGGGCAUCAUGAGGAUAUUAACGGCGUCGGGGCUCUUCCUGGCCUUCUGCUCCAUCGGGCUCUUGACCAUGGCCAUCAGCACGGACUACUGGUACGAAACAGAUGCGCGGAAACACCGGGAGCGAUGCAAAAAAUACGCCAGCAAGAGAAAUGACCCAGGAUACAUAUACAUCUCCAACCAGAACCUCCCACUCCGGAUGCGACCUAAAGCGAGUCCUCUGCGGGAAUCCUCGCACCCUGAGCCCGUCACGGAAGCGCGCUGCAGCCGCCGCUACAACUCAACCACAACCGGACUCUGGAGGAAAUGCCACCGAGAAGGCUUCGAUCUGGAGAACGAGGACCUGAUUUUUAAAGGUUUGCUUCAGCGUUGCACACCGGUGAAGUAUUACUAUACCUCGGUCAAUAUCCCACGGAAUCUGCCUGUGAACAUCACCAAGACAAUAAGACAAGACGAAUGGCAUGCUCUCCACUUGCAGCGGAUGACGGCAGGUUUCAUCGGUAUGGCUGUGGCCAUCAUUGUGUUUGGCUGGAUGGUCGGUGCUCUGGGCUGCUGGAGACACAAUGAGCUGAUGCAGUAUGUAGCUGGACUGCUCUUCCUGAUGGGAGGCACCUGCUGCAUCAUCUCCUUGUGCACAUGUGUGGCUGGCAUUAACUUCGAGCUCUCGCGGUACCCACGCUACCUGUACGGCCUGCCGGAGGACAUCAGUCACGGGUACGGCUGGUCCAUGUUCAGCGCAUGGGGCGGUCUGGGUCUGACGCUGCUGGCUGGGUUUCUGUGCACUCUGGCGCCCUCUCUGCACAGUCCCCAGAUCAGCAGCAGCACACACAAACCUUGACAGGAGAACGGCAUUGUGUGAGGCUCGCACACUCCACGCACCACACGCAUAGAUCCGCUAGCACAGACUCAACACGCUGAUAUAGACAAGGUCUUUACAUGUCAGAGAGAAAUGGCAAAUAAACAGUCACACAUACCGCAGACACUGUGCAGACACUCUGCUAUAACAUGACGGUGAGAAUAAAUCAUGAUGCAGAGUGCAGCUGAGCUAAACAUGCUGGAGCUGAAAGAAAACAUACACUGCAAAUAGUGUCAAUCAGCACGAUUGUCUUAUUUUCCAGAAAAAAAGAGUGGGAAAAUCAUUAAAGGUGCUGUAUGUAAGAUUUUGACUACUAAAGCAUAAAAAUAUCAUAAUAUGUUUGCAGAAACAUGCUAAGUUUAAAUACUUGUUUACCUGAAAAACAAUACUACAGUCAGUUAUUCUCAGGGCCGGAAAAGUUGGUCUCUGUUUUAGUUCACUGCCAGUUUACCCAGUUGUAUUUCGGCACCCCUGGUUGCCAGCUGGCGGAAAACAGUGUAUUUCAUUUCAUUCAUCAUCAAGUGCACUCGUUCCUGUUUGUGUCAUCAAUCUGGCAACCUGCAUGUGCCUCAAGUCUGAGGAGAAGGGCCAGAAAAAAAAAAUAUAUAUCUCCAAUAUUUUGAAUUUGGAGUGCAAUACCUUGUUCAACCACAGCACCUUUUAAAUUAUAGUAGUAGUAGCCCUUUAAAAAGUAAAUACCUUUUAAAGUAUAUAUUUAAAACAAUUGUACUGGCAGAUAAUGACAUUAAUAAAAAAGACCACUUAAGUGUGUUAAACUAAAAAGUGCACUUUCUAGUAAUGUCAAUUUAAAGGCUUCACUUUAAAGUUAUAGUAUGUUUUAAAAGUCUUUUGUUAUGAUUUAAAGAAGCACACAUAUUUUGUGUUGACUAACAUAAAACACGUGUAAAAUACUUUUGGUAAUACACUGAAAAUGAAUAGAUUUGAAAUGAAUCAAACUGCAACUUGCAAAUGUAACACAUAUAUUUCAAUACAUGCAUACGUACAAGUUUCAAAAGAAAGUACAUUAAAGUGUAUUUUAGUUUAUCAGAAAUGCUUGUCAGUACACUUUACAGUACACUUUCAUAAAUUAUGAAAUUACAUAUAAAUAUAUACUUAAGACCUAUAAGUGGGUCAGAUGUACUGCACUGAAUAUACAUUAAAAGUGCAAUAUAUUUUCUUUUAAUUAUAAUCAUAAUGCAAAUAAGUGUUCGAAGACAUUCAAGAAUAUUCUAUAUUAUUUCCAUAAAAAGUACUCUUUUUAAAAGUGUGCUAAACUGUACUUUCUUUUCAAAAAGAAUAGCUCUGAUGGAUGGGACAACUAGCCCCGGUGUCUCCAUUCUCGAAAAUGUAAAAUAAAUAUUUUGUGAAUUCAUAUUGGUGUUAACUUAAGGAUAUUUAGAUAUUUUUACUGGAAAACAAAUCAAAGAUGCUGAUUAGACAAAACACAGUCAGACAGGCUUCUUCUCUGGUUCUUAGCUCAUAUUUGAGUGAAGAUUUGUGUCUCUUAUGGUGCUCUCUUUCUGUCUUUAUCUUUGUCUCUCAUUAUGUUCAUUAUGUAUGUAUUAAUGAUUGACUGUUUUUUUUGCUUUUCCUGUCUGUUUCUCCCCUCCAGUCUCCUGUUUAUGUUUCUCAAUCAAUUUAAUAUGGAAAUGUCUCAGAGAAUGACAGAUUCAUAUUUUUGUUCAAUAAACUGUUCUGUUUCGGCUUUGCCUGCUACUGUAUGUAGAAAGGAGAAUAACAGAUCAAGACACAACUAAAUAAAUAUUAUUGUCUUCAGUGUCUUCCUAUAUAUGCUUUCUUUAUUUUUUUAGGUUUUACAGUAAAAAUGAAAAUGUCAAACAGCACAAGCAAAGUAAAUUUGAAGGCAAUAUGUGAAAAUGAACCUGCUUGUGCACAACCUCAUUAUCAAGGAAUCUUCUGAAUAGCAGUUUUAGGAGAAAUUAGACAGGACAUUAUUUGUUUUGAAAUUACAAUAUGAUUUAUGAUUUUUUUUUCUAAUAAAAUGAUCCUGACUCACCA